AUGCAAAAAUUUGUAUCAUGUUUUAUCAUUGCUGUGCCACAAGAAUGAUGGUUCACCAGCAUUUUUUUCCUCUUUUUCAGCAUUUGUUACUGCUUUUCCUCAGUGAGAAUGGCAAGGAUUCGGAUUCCUAGCACAGUCGUUAUACUUUUAAUGGCAGUUCAAACUGGAUUCUUACUCUUAAUGUACGCCCGGUACAGUAACUUAGCGCCUCGCUCUGAGCAGAAACCAUCUCAAGUCCACAUUCUCAUUCUCUCCUCCUGGCGCUCAGGAUCUUCUUUUGUUGGUCAACUUUUCAGCCAGCACCCCAACGUCUUCUACCUGAUGGAGCCUGCCUGGCACGUGUGGGUUGCAAUGUACAAGAACAGUGCCAAAGUCUUACACAUGGCAGUGCGGGACCUGGUCAGGUCGGUCUUUCUGUGUGACAUGUCUGUGUUUGAUGCUUACAUACCUUGGAAAAGGAACUUAUCUGACCUUUUCCAGUGGGCAGUGAGUAGGGCUCUGUGUUCAGCUCCUGCUUGUGACUCCUUUCAACGUACUGACAUAUCCAGUGAAACAGCAUGCAAGACUCUUUGUGGACGGUAUCCAUUCAGCCGAGUGGAGGAAGCCUGUAAAACUUACAGCCAUGUUGUCAUCAAGGAGGUCCGAUUCUUUGACUUGAAGGUCCUCUACCCGCUUCUCACUGAUCCAUCCCUGAAUCUCAAAAUUAUUCACUUGGUCCGUGACCCCAGGGCAGUUGUCAAGUCACGGGAACAAUCAGUCAAAGCGUUAGCCCGUGACAAUGGAAUUGUUUUGAAUACCAAUGGCACUAAAGUGGAAGACAGCAAAUACAAAGUAAUGCAAGAGAUUUGUAGAAGUCAUGUUCAGAUUUAUGAAACGGCUACUCUAAAACCACCUGACUUCCUUAAAGAUCGCUAUUUGAUGAUCCGUUUUGAAGAUCUGGUCAGAGAUCCGCUACCGGAAAUUUCAGAAAUGUAUAAAUUUGCAGAUCUUAGCUUGACUCCCACGCUCAAAAGCUGGAUCUAUAACAUCACACAUGGAGAGGGACCGGGGAAAAAAAGAGAAGCCUUCAAAAUUACAUCUCGAGAUGCAGUCAGUGUUUCACAAGCCUGGAGAAAAGUUCUUUCCUUCCAGAAAAUUCAGCAAAUUCAGGAAGUUUGCAAAGGUGCUAUAAACAUGCUUGGCUAUCAGCUGGUGGAUUCAGAAAGAGAACAAAAAGAUCUGUCAUUGGAUUUAGUGUUGCCUAGACGGCAAUUCAGUUGGUCAUCAUUUAACCCAAAGCAAUGA